AUGUAUGGCCUGUAUUUAGAAGCAGUGAAUGACUACAUAGAUGAAUCGUAUGGAGAGGACGUAUGGAGACAAAUCGAGACCAGAGCCGAGAUCCCUCACCUUAAAUUUGUCCGACACCAAAUGUAUAAUGAUAAUCUUAUCCUACGAUUGGCAAAGGCUGCUGUAGAGGUUUUGGGAAAAACUCAUGAUGAGCUCAUGUACACUUUUGGAGUCUACAUGGUCAAGCGGAUUGGAAACAAUGCUUAUGAGAGGAUCUUAAAGGUGAUUUUCAAGCAUUGGCAGCUCUCUCAGGUGGGCCGUCAGUUUUAUAACACAGACAUCGAGGUGGAGAUUUUGUCCAAAGAGGAAACAGAGAAAAUGACAUAUGUGGUGUACAAGAUGAAUUUUGACAAUGCUGCGUUUAAGCACCGUAUGCCCCAACAGAAAACAGCCCCAGGCUACGAGAAAUUGCCCAUGAAGCGAGGAAUCUUUUUCGAUAUGUUUCCCUUCAGCGUGAUUUUCCGAAGGGACAUGACCAUGUAUCGGAUCGGUUUGAAAGAGGUGUUUUCUGAUCUGCAGGGCAAAAAAGUCAAUGAAGAAUUUACCCUGGUGCGACCCAUGCUGGAAUUCAGCUGGGACAAUGUGAACAUUAAGGUGAUGGAUGAAAUAAAAGGCAUGGACCAAGAAUACAACGGCGCUUUGACUCAGUACAACAGCUCUGCUAAUUCUGGAGGAGAGGACAUGCUGCUGGCUUUUCAGACUGUCACUGGCAAGUGCAGUGAAACCAUAUUUGAAGACAUGCGAGAGCCCCCUAAAAAGCCUCUUCAUUUAAAGGGUCAGAUGAAGUAUGUGUCGCAGUGGGACUCCCUCAUCUUCCUUGGAACUCCCAUUAUCGAGACAGUGGAGGACAUGAUAAAAAUGGGAGUUUAUGUCAACAAUUUAAACCUGCACGACUCAAGCAGAGAGCUCAUCCUUGCUGGCACGCAGCAGUCAGCCGAGCUGCAGCUGGCACUUGACGAGGAGCAGCAGAAGUAUGCGCAGCUCCAGGAGAUCAUUAAAAAGUUGGAUGAGGAGAAGAAGAGAGGAGACUCCCUACUGUACGCCAUGAUACCCAAAGCCGUGGCAGACAGACUGCGCAAGGGAAUAACAGCCCUGGAGACAUGUCAGGUGUUUCCAGAUGUGACCAUUCUGUUCAGCGACGUGGUGAAGUUUAAUGAGAUCUGUAUUCAUAUAACCCCUAUGCAGGUGGUGGAUAUGCUAAAUGAGAUUUACAUCGUUUUUGACACACUCAGCAAGAAACAUAAUGUUUUUCAGGUAGAGACCAUACGAGACGCCUACAUGGUCGUGGCAGGUGUGCCCAAUAAAACCACAUUCCAUGCACAUCACAUCUGCGACAUGGCUCUAGACAUGCUGAGCUCCAUCGAUCAUUUGAAAGAUCCCUCCACUGGGGACAACAUCCAGAUCCGUGUCGGCAUUCACUCUGGGAUGGUGGUAGCAGGGGUGGUGGGUCUGAAGAUGCCAAGAUAUUGUCUGUUCGGGGACACGGUAAACACAGCUUCUCGGAUGGAGUCAAAUGGCAUCGGCAUGCAAAUCCACAUCAGCCAGACCACCAAAGAUCAUCUGGAGCAUGAACCAUAUAUCAUUGAGGAACGAGGAAAGAUUUUUGUUAAGGGUAAAGGUUAUAUGAACACAUAUUGGCUCAAGGGUAAGAAAGACCUCUCUUUUAUGUCUCCAGCAGAGCUCAGAUACAGCAAUGAGCAGAAGGACUCUAAGAACAGAAGCUCAAAUAGUUCCACUUGCACUAACAGGAAACAUUCCCCAUCCAAUCUGAAUACCCCCAAUGAGGAGCAGGCUGAGGUUAAGCCCAUACCACCACUAGAGGGCGCCCCAGACCCAAACACGUUCACCAAUGAGUCCCAGGAGAAAGAAAAGCUUAAAAAGACAAAAAACAACAAAGGAGGCAAGGCGGACAAUGCAUCGGGUAAUGCACAGGACAGCACUCCACCUGCUGGAGGACCGGAGAAUGCAGCUCCAGAGCUAAAUAACAAAACAUUCAGAAGCCAAUACUUAUGACUACCAGUCAAUCUUCCCAUGAGAAGCACAGCCUGCAGUCUGCUGUGAAAAUCUGGGAGAGAUUUUAAUCACAUAUUGAUUAGCCCCACAAAUCUUUCCAUAUUGUAUUUCCUCAUCAGAAAAUACAGUUUAUGGUAGAAGCUGUUAUGACAGCUUCAGCUGGGUUUAUUUCAAGCAAAGAUCAUACAGAUCUAUUUUUGAUAAUCAGAUCAGACACAGAAUGAUCAGACAAUUGCAUUUAUGUCAGGAAAUUCUAAGCAAGAAAAUCUGAAGAAACAACCUGACUGUGGAACAUAAAGCAAUUUCAAUGCAUAUUUCUCUCAGAUUUGCCAAAAAAUAAACAAAAAAUACUUUGCUUUAGUGCUUUAGAUGGAGAGCUAAUUUACAUGGUAUUUCUGGAACACAAUUUCACAUUUCAGUCUGAAAGAAAAUAAAUCUGAAUAAUAAUAUUGCUUGCUAGAAAACCUGCUUAUUCUCUGGUGUACAGAGCUGUAACCAUCUAACACCUUGAACAAAAUUCAUCAGUUGCCACACAAAUUCAACCAAUCAGGUUAUAAAUACAGUAUAUAAUCCUUUAUUUAAUUCUGUAUAAAAACAAAACUUUUCUGGCUGCUACAGUAAAGUACUUCCUCUUUUGAGAGUUUAAAUAACUCUCUAUUUUAUUAAUAAAUAUAAGUGUAUGAACCUUUUGCAAGUAGACAUCACAGUUACGUCAAUGCAAGCUGCGCGUGCAAUGUGGUGGCAGAAAAGAGUGUAAAUGAAUUAUACACGAGUGAAACGGGCAAGAUAACUCACUAGAAAAUGUCUUCUUGUGCUGUUAAGUAUCAGAAUAGAAAUGCCAAA